AUGGUCUCAGAAACGAAGGAAGAUUUGGGAAAAUUUACGGUGAGUAUAAUUCUCUUUUUUAAAGUUUUGUUUGUAGAUUCCACAGCUGAAAGAAAAGCUGAAGCAGCGUCGAUUGCAAAUCAGUGGGACCAAGAACGAGCUGAUCAACCGGUUGUUUGAGUCACUGCAAGAAGAGGAAUUGCUGGGGGAGGGCGCUUCCGUUGCCCCAUCAGAGAUUGAAGAAGAAUUGUUGGGAAAUAAUGACGUAAGUAAAGACAAUUUAAAUUUUUGCAUUGUUUAGUCGAAUAGUGCGCACCUAACAACUAAAGAUGAGGACCUGCUGUUGGGAUUAGAAGUGAAUAAAAGCACAAAAGAAGCUGAUCCAAAAUUCGUUGAGAACCAAGAAAUUCAGAAAGUUAAUGAAGAUGGAGACAAAAAAUCAGAACAAGCCGUUGAUACAGAGCAGUCAAGAAAGCGACCGUCGAUAGCAGCUCCAGAAGGUGCUCUGAAGAAAGAGGAGACGUUCACAACUGAUGCUAAAGCCCGUCGGGCCGCUAGAUUUGGUCUUGCUGCUGAAACGGAACAGAAGCAAGACUCCAAUGGAAACAGUAAGGAGAAGAAGCCGGAGAUAAAGACCAGUGACCCGAAGUUACUAGCAAGAGCUAAGCGCUUCGGUUUGGCGAUUGUAAGUUUUUGUAAUCUCAAAUUAUUCUUUUAUUUAGGAAAUAUUUUAAAAAUAGCACAUGCAUGUGUGAAGUCUCUCUACUUCCUUCUUUUUUCGAUCCUGGUUUAUUGUCAGAUUGAUUGCGGGCCCUGUCGCCAUUUCAAAAGGUUUCAUUUAUAAAUAUUUGUAUUUCCAGGGGUCCGCCGAUUCUUCCCCAGCCAAAGUUGCAAAGCCGAGUGUCGAAGAUGAUGAGAAAUUAAAAGCUAGACGAAUCCGUUUUGGUCUCUAA